AUGCCCAAAGAUCAGCAUGCUACCAUCUUAGAUCUGAAUGCAGUAAAGGGAUAUUAUAACAAAGUUUUUACAAACGAACGAGUUUUAAAAUUACAAAAAGAUAUAAAAAUCGAAGAUCUCAUAUUUUCAUAUAGCUAUUAUUCAAACUUAGGUGCCGAAAAUAGUAACUUCGACAAUUGUGAAAUAAGUAGUGACUAUUUAAAAAGUGAUACCGAAAUAGAUCAAUCAAAUGCAAAUUCAUUUUACAAUGAUAAAAAAUUUAGAAUAGAAAAUGAAGAAGAAGAAGAAGAGCCAAUUAAUUAUUUCGAUCCAAAUGUAAGUGAACAAAUGUUUGAUGAAAAAAUAAAAAAGACAUUUGAAUAUUUAAACAAUUUCUUGAAAUCAUUUUAUACCGAAAAUUUUAGUAAUGAAACAAAUGAUACUGAAAUAAUAAAUUAUGUAGUCGACACACUUAAAGUUGAAAAAGAAAAUGAUGAAAGUUACAAAAUAUAUGAUAUGAAUUUUAAUAAAACCCAAAUAUCCCAAAUAACAUUAAUUAUAAUUGCAUAUAUUAUAAAAAAUUUAUUUGAUUUAAGUUUAGGAAGGAAAUUAAUUUUCUCAAAUGAAAAUAUUAAUAAGUUAUUAUUAAAAGCAAUAUAUAUGCAAAAUAUUUAUAUUCAAAUAUUUACAUUAAAAAAUUUAAAAAAAUAUUUAAUAGAGGAUGGUGAAUAUUAUGACGCAACACAUUUGAAAAUGAUAAAAAUGUGUAUCUUUAGCAAAUCCCUAUGUUCAUUUAAUCGAGCAAAUGAUAUUAUUAUACGGCUAGUAAAAGAGAAUAAACAAGUAAAUGAAAUAUUUGAUUAUUAUUUUUUAAAAAAAUUAAAAAAAAAUCUCGAACAAUCAGAUAUUAUACAACGUCUAAGACUUCUCGAUUUAAUAAUCGAUUGUAUAAAUUUGAGCAAUUCCUAUGUUUAUGAAAUUUUUAAAUUGAAACCCAAACCAGAAAAUGAUUCAACAAAUUAUGAAAACAAAAUAAAAGACAUUGAAAAUGUAAUACACAAUCUAUGUACUAAUAAUAACAGCCAAGAUUUUGAAGGAUCCUACACCUUUGAUGAUGUCUCUUUUAUUGAUAAAGAAAUAUUAAAACAUAAUAUGGAAAAAAAUAAUUUAAAUAUAAAUGAUGUUUGUAAUCUUAUUAAAAUUAAUAUAUAUAAAUAUUUAAUUAUUAUUUAUUUAAAAAAUGAUUUAUUAUUAAAAAUAAAUGUAUUAGAAAUAUUUUCAAAAUUGGCACAAAAUAAAUACUUUUGUGAGGCUUUUGAAAAUACCUAUUUUCUCCAUAUUAUUUUAAAUGAUUUAAAUAAUUUAGAUGAAGAUAUUUUACAUAUUAAUAUUUUAAAUUCAUUAAUUUCAUAUUCAAAUAUGAGCCCACAACUCUUAAAUGUUGUAAUAAAUGCGCAUUCAAAUUGUUUAAUUAAAAAAAUAAAUGACUACAUAUCUGAUACAAGUUGUAUAAAUAAUGAAAAACUAAUUAUAGGAUUAAAAUCUUUUGGUUAUUUUUUUUCCAUAAAUGAAGCAAGUAAAAUAUUUUUAUCUAUAAACCCGAAUAUAUAUGUAACUGCAAUAAAUACAAUAAAUACACAUGCACACACAAAUGUUUUAAGACAUGCCAUAAAUAUUUGGAUUAAAAUAUUACCUUAUGAAUGUAACAAUUCAGAUUUAUUUAAAAAAAUUGUUCAUGACUUUCUUUUUAAAAAAAUUAUUACAGUCUUAAAAGAAAUUAGUGAUACAAUUAUCCAAAUAAAUAUUUAUGAACUUUUACAAAAAAUUAUUAAUUAUGAUAUAACAGAAUUAAUUAUAAAUGAACAAUGGCUAAUAAAAAGUUUACAAAACGGUUUUGAAAGUAAUACAUAUGAACUUAAAAUGUCUAGGUAUAAUUUCUUUAAAUCACUUUAUAAAGUUCAUCAAAAUAUAAUCAUAAAUAAUUCAUAUGCUAACAAUAUAAUUAAUAACUUUUUAGAAAAAGUCCCAAGCAGAUAUUAA